UUUUUCAGCAGCCAUGCAGCCACACUAUGUUGGCAGCGGGUGGCCUACGACACAUUAUUUUAAUACUUGGACGACUGUUUCUAACACCCCAACCAUGACUGUUUUCCAGAUUUGUUUUCCACUCCAACCACCUUAUCGGGUGACUGUUUCUAGGCCAUCAUAUAUGGCAAGUAAAAUAAUUAAUUACGCGGGCGUACCUCAUUUUUACAAUAUGAUUCAAAAGCCAAGUCCAAGUCUGUCUUUGAUUUGGUGGAUGCUCAUCCAUACCUCACCUUAACUGACCCAAAGCUGCUGGGUUGGUAUCUCAGUUUGUCUCCAGAGGACAGAACGAUCAUGCAAGGUGUGUUUCAGUGCUGCCACUUUGGUUAGAGUAAUCCUAAGUGUGAGUACAGCAGCGAGGUUACGCCUGUUCAGACCGCUUGUGCCCAUACAUCAUAUUAGAGCUGAUAAAUGCCGCACACACGUCUAGCUUUGGAGAUGUUUCCCAAUAAUGAAAGGGAGACUUUAACCUUGCUUGGCUGUAGCAUCAGCAGGGAUGAAUCACACCAACAUGGGGAAAUCUGCAAUGCCGAACAGCUAGUCCACAUGCAAGACGGCUGCCAAACAGUCAACAGCCCCAUCACACAGGAACCAAACCAUCUCAAGGUCCACCAAGUGUCAGAAUGGCCAACGACUGUUGAUGAUGACGGCGAGGCUAGCUUCAGCCCUGCAGAUCGGACUGACCACUUCUGUGGCAUCAUGGAGGACGAUAAGAGCAUACUUUCCUGUUUGCCUAGCAAAGAUGUGAACGCACAUAUCACUGGGGUUCAUGCAGGUCCAAUUACGUGUGAUAGCGUAACCGUGACGUCUGAUCAGUCCGUCAUCGAGGUGAACGCUGCCGAAAAGUCCACCUCUCCUGUGCCCCGUGUUUCUACCUGUGAUGGUAAGGUUGGCACUGAGCCUUCACUGUACAUGCCAGCCUCCACCCAGACUGAAGAUCAAGGAACACGCGACAAGCAUGUCAACACUGAGGUCCACAUGGCAGAUCUGGACUAUCUCGCUGAGGAAUUUCUCAAACUGAGGAUGGCUAAAGAGGAACAGACAGAAGAAAAAAAGAAAAUAAAAAGUUUGGGUUGUAAAAUGAGAAAGGAAUGUGACUGUAUUCAGCGUGCUCAGCAAGCAGAGCUGUGCCUCCUGGCCCUGCAGUACAGCAUGUGCACACAGCACUGCUGGAAACUCUACUCUACCAGUGAUGCAGGCCAGCACAUCCCACUGUUAGAGAGCCUUCCUGCAAACAUUGUAAGUGUUUUGCAACAGCUGGAAUCUGAUUAUAGUCACAUGAGAGAGAAGAUCCUGGCAGGGGUUCCUCUGGAGCAGCUGAAGCCUCUGUCUGUUGACUUGGAGACGAUAACCACAGGAGCGCUUUACAUACCUGCACAGAUCAUUGAUGAUGUGCUGGGAAAAGUUCCAUCUUGGAGCUGCCAUGAGCUGCAUAAUACAUUAGGUGAAGAACAUGGAAGUCCUGAUAAUCAAAGCAGAAAUGGCUGCCAGCACAUUCAGAGAAAGGAGCAGAUCAAGGGGAACAACAAAGCAUGGAGAGCUGUUACUUUUGUCCCCCAGGAUAGAGACACUGUCCUUAAUGCAAACAAGCAUGACCAAAAGCAGCCAUCAGCUGCGUGCAAAGAGCUCAAUGCUAGCGAAGCGUGGUAUGAUGCUGAGGAGGUCCUGGAGCCUACAGAACCUGCACUUGCUGCUGAGACGGGACAGCAUCCCGCUGAUAUGACUAAAGAAUCAAGCAGGCAGGACACCAAAAGCUCACUACUGUAUGUUUCCAAUCUCCCCUGCAGUGUGACACCGAGUGAUGUGAUGCUGUGGUUUGAGAAUUACCAUGCCUCUGAAGUCAGCAUCUCUGCUUUAAAGAAUGAUGUGAGAGUUGCCAUAGUGAUGACAGGUGGACCUCAAUUUGCGGAGGCUGCGGCGAGAGAGCUGAAUGGCUGCAGCGUGCAAGGCCACACUUUGCAUGUGCAGCACAUCAAAGGAGACGUUGGUGGGAGCCACAGUCAGACUUUGGCCUACAUCACCGGCCCAGAGUUUUCACAGGACACCAUCAAACCACAGACCUCCAAGAGCGAAUCCAGCAGCACCGAAAGAAAGCUGAUAACCGAGCCACCGCUCCACUCCAUCGUCAAGAUCAGAAAGGUGGUCUGCAUGUCCCCCACAGCAAAGGGAACCUAUGUGCCCCAACACUAUGGCACCAUGGGCAGCUUCGAUACCUUGAUGGCAGAGCUGACACAGCGCCACCCGGAUGUUGGAAGGCAGAGGAUUGUGGAUGCUCUGAUAGAGCUGAAGGCCAAGCACCAGGGCGUCCUCUGCAGCCUGCCCCUCAGGACCAUCCGGGAGAUGACUUCAGAGCUUCUGAUCAGGCCCGCGAGUGCCACACAACGCUUGAACGCCUCAUGAUGUUAACCGCUGACUUGUUGGAAGUUAUUUGUUAGAGCAGCUCACAACCCCUCAAGUUAUUCUUUGCAAGUCAAAUAUGGUGACGGUGAAGCCUGAAAAAGUUAUGGUAAAACUUUAAUCUAUCACAGUUUCUCUGUUAUUUUUCUGAAUAGCGUCAGAAUGUUUUUUGAGUGCAUCUUCAUUGAAAAUUUGAGGGCUUCGCACAACACCUCCUAGGCCAGUUUCAGUUCAUUCGUUAACUUAUUUUUAAAAGAACAUAGUUCAUAAAGAUAUUUCGAAUUCAAAUCACGUUUAAGGUUGCGUACACUUUUUAUACGCAACGGCUUUGUUUGUAUUUUAUGGGUGCUGUCAAUAAAAAGAGCUGGCGUUGACAUA